AUGAACUCGCUCAACAUCCUCUCGUCUCGAGUCAUUGGCCAGUCCUCCCUCCCAAGUCGAAGCCGCCAGCGUUCACGUUCUCAGGGAGACGUCUCUAGAGCGAGCGAGCCCGGCGACCUUGCGAAACUCCGGUCGUACAGCGAGGACAACUUUCACUCGGCCGAGGCCCCCGAGAAGGGCCAUGACGCAGAGGACGUAGAUUGCCAUGAGAUUACGUUUGACGAAAAAUCACCACUGUUACGAAGCAUUCACAAAGAUGGUUCGUUUGCUACGAGAGGCACCUUAGGAUUCGUUGGUCAGCGAUUCUUUGAUGCGAUCGCUGAAACGAUUAAGUUUAUUCUAUCCACGUUAGCCGCUCCUGGGUUUUAUGUUGCUCAGUGCUUUCAAGACGAAGACGGUCAUUACUCCCUCAUGGCUCCAGUGAGAAAGCUGCGACGGUCCGUAUCUACUCGCCCAAAAUCAACUGGCACAACGACGACGGGCAGAGGUAGUCGACAAGCGGAAAGCAAGCGACGCACCGGUGCUUCACGAAGGGCAAAAAGUCAUGUAUCACGGGAUUCCAUCGCCUCAAGCACGUCCGAAUCUGAAGGGGAUCGGAGGGGCAGCAAGGGACUCAGCAGUGGUCGGUCUCGGCCCUCCAAAGCAACUCCAGAGCCGGUGCCAGAUGAGACCGCUCCUCGACGUUCGAUCCGGAUCAAGCUCCAUAGCGAAGAGGUUAAGCGACAGAGGCAACGUCGGUCCCAAAGCGCCGAUCUCCGUCAGGCACCGGAAAAUGGGGCUCAAGGGCCUCUCAAUCUCGACAGCCUCAAAUCUCCCACGUCUCCGUCUGUGCACCGCGUCACCAGGUACCCGCAUUCCCCGGUACCUCCUCGCCCGCUGAUUCCACCCCGUGUGCCGUCUUACACGGCCAACCUCCGCAGCCCUAAAAGUCCGCAAAAGACCCUGGUCCUUGACCUGGAUGAGACUCUGAUCCAUUCACUGGCCAAGGGUGGCCGCAUGUCUAGUGGCCACAUGGUGGAGGUCAAGCUAUCCACGCCGAUGACGACCGCUCUCACACCCGGUGGACCGCCCACGACACUCGGCCCGCAGCAUCCCAUCUUAUACUACGUACAUAAGCGGCCGCAUUGCGAUGAGUUCUUGCGCAAGAUCUGCAAGUGGUACAAGCUGGUCAUAUUCACGGCCAGUGUGCAAGAGUAUGCCGAUCCAGUCAUUGACUGGCUUGAGCAAGAGCGGAAAUACUUCCAGGCGCGGUAUUACCGUCAACACUGUACCUUUCGGAACGGCGCCUAUAUCAAAGAUCUCAGCUCGGUGGAGCCUGAUUUGAGUAAGGUGAUGAUUCUGGACAACAGUCCUAUGAGUUAUAUUUUUCACGAAGAUAAUGCUAUCCCGAUCGAGGGUUGGAUUAAUGAUCCAACAGAUAAUGGUUUGCUCCAUCUCGUCCCCAUGUUAGAAGCUUUGCAAUAUGUGACCGAUGUGCGGGCAUUCCUGGCCUUGCGUAGAGGAGAAGCGGAAGCUUGA